AUGGGCACAUGGAAUCUACGACAUGCCUCCAGUCGAAUUCGGCGAAAGCUCAACCUUAAAAUCUUCACACUUGGUUUCAUUGCAUUUGUCGGCCUUUUCCUCUCACUUUGGCGAUCCACCAUCCCUUCCAUUUAUCUUCCAUUCGGACGGCUAGAAGACCCCGAGGAACGAUCAUCCAGCCAACGAGGCAUGGAAAACUUUUCGCCCCACAGAAAAGCGGUGGGGAGUACUGCGUCUUGGAAUGGCUGGAUCGAUCACAACCAGAGAGCUCUUCGUCAGCUCUUGGUAUGUCUAGAGCGCGAUUCUCACACCUGCCGGCGCAAUCAAACUUCUGUUAUCUUGCUCGCCUCGUAUCAUUUCAUCGCGCAGCAAGAAGGGCACAUUGGAGGGGAAGAGAUAUGGGCGCAAUCGACUGUAGCCGCGCUGGACACUCUAGGCUACACGUACUUCUUCACGUCUCACUGGGAUGGCGCCAGGAUCCAACAAGGGCUGUCGAGGACGAUAGACUAUUACCGAAUGUUUCCCGACCUCGUCAAGGCAGUCAUUGCGGAAAGCGACCAGGCUUUCAACUGUUUCGACGACCCUCGCUGCAUACUAAAUCGCGACAACCCAUAUGGUAUUCCUGUUUGGAAAAUCCUCUCUUUCAGUUUUUGGGCGGGGCCAGCUAGUCCUCUGGGUCACAAAUGGACACUCAGUCCAGAGGAGUAUAACCGCGAGCAUAGUUGGGUCGUCCCAAACACCUACCUUGGCUACAGUGUCGAGCCUGGGUGCAGAAAUAUCUCCUUCUUGCCGCAUGAGCAACGCAAAACGCCGCAUUCCGCUUUCCUUAUUGCAAAAGACGCCAAGUACCUGCAUCCAGAUAUCCAUGCUUGGGAGCCUGAAACUUAUCGGGAAGCGGCAAAGAUGACUGGUGUACAAUUCUUCAUGGGGGCAGACGGCAGUCUUCCGAAUGAUUUUCCGAUCGAUGUCGUAGAGAAUCUUGACCAAAUGCCGCAAGACUGGUUUUACCAGAUGCUAAGCAGUGUCAACGUCGCAAUCGGUGUCGGGCGACCGUGGACUUCGCCAACUAUGUACGAUGCUUUAUGCUUGGGCGUGCCCGUGGUCAAUCCCAUUCUGGAGUGGGAUACCAAUGACCCUUCGAAUCGUGACAAGUGGGUUGCGCAGCACGCUGCGUUGAAGGAUCUCGACCCGCCCUACGUGUACAAUGUCUUCAAGAACGAUAUGCAAUCCUUUAUCAAAGCCAUCCAGAGCGCUCUGUCGAACCCGAUUGAAAGCUUCAUUCUGGAACGUAUGCGCAUGCGUGCUGUCGAAGAUCGGUUGGGGCGGAUAUUGGAGACGGAUUGGCAGUAUGAGGCGGAAAACCUGUUGGAAGAAAGGAUGAAAAAAGGUGAAACCCCCUUAUUUACAGUCUAA